AUGCGUGGGCAAGCCUCUCGACCUGUUUGCUCAACGCCCUUCUAUGCCCAGUCCACAGAACCACCUGAUGAACGCCGUGGUUUGCUGAUGUCCAAGCGGAGUAUGCCAGGCUUGGGACGACGCGGCUCGGCGGCUGGUGUGCUGCGCAUGGAGUCGGCCGAAUCCAGCGCUGCGUUGGCCAUCGAUGGCUCCGCGUUGUCCGUCGACUGGCUAUGCAUGGUCGGCUUGGUUGCUCUGGCGAAUUCACUGAGUGCCGCGCACACGUCCGCUGUGCAGCGCCAACGCGAACGUACUAUAUCCCUGUCCUGGUCGAGGGAAGCAACAAUUACGCGCCCAGUCGACAGCCGCAGCAGCAGCGAAAAUAAAAUGUGAAUUAAACGCGUCGACGUUGGCGUUGAAGCCACGCAAUAAAUGUGAAUGUGAAUGUGCCAGUGAAUGUGCGAAUGUGAAUGUGAAUGACGUUGGCAGAAGCACAGGACACAACAGGACACGUGGCACUU